CAGCUCAUACGCGAGAACCGCGCGCAACUCACCAUGCCACCACCGCCAGACACUCGAGAGGAUGCCAGCGGAUCCCGUACGAUGACUAUCGAGGCAACGCAGCAGCCCGAAUCCGGGCCCUCUGAGCCACAUCACCGGGCCCUAGAUAGCAACCAUACGGUCGGAGUCUUGAAAUUGAGAGGUGCACCAGUCAGGAAACAACGGGUGAUGUGGACGGAUGAAACGGUAGAUAACGAAGGCAUGGGGAAGAAGAAAUCAAAGAUUUGCUGUAUCUAUCAUCGCCCGAAAGCUUAUGACGAAUCAUCGACAGAAUCCGAUUCUUCCUGUUCAGAGGGAGAGAGUCAUUCUCAUCAGCGCAGACAGCGAACAAGCGGUAAACAAGCCUCGAGAAGAAAGCGCCGGGAUGUGGUGGAGGUGGAGCAGUCAACCAGCUCAGAGUCUGAAGGAGGGCACGGGGAUGGAAGAGCGAAAUCGAGCAAAAGAUCACCGCGGCGUCACCAUGCUCACGACCACGGUGAUCACGACCACCCAUCCCACUCGCACAAGCCCAACAAAUAUGAUCAUCAGGAGAAGCCUAGCUCCUCCGAUGCGAUCAAAGGAUGAAAAAAUAA